AUGGUUUUUUAUAAGAUUACACUUUCGAGAUCAACUAUAGGGCUUCCGAAAGCAACCAAAAGCGUUGUGUCGAGUCUCGGCUUGGGAAAGACAGGCUCUGUAGUUUACCGUCAGGUAACCCCAUCGAUUGCCGGUUCAAUCGCCAAGGUCAAGGAGGUCGUGAGAGUCGAAGUCACAGAGCAUGCUCUCACGAAGGAGCAGCAAAGGGAGCUCAGGAAAUCAAACCCGGGCUUCACUGUGGAAAAGAGAGUGUAA